AAAGAAAUAAACACACGCCGGGCAGCCUUGGGUGGCAAUAGUCGCAAUGUUAUUAUACUCCUCGUUAGCGGCUGCGUUGGGGUUGGCGGCGUCGGUCACGGCGCAGACAUGGCCAAGCAACCUCGUCGGCACAUGGAGCACCAAAUCCAACAAAACAGUCACAGGACCUGGCUUCUACGACCCCAUAAAUGAACGCCUGAUCGAGCCGUCACGAACAGGCAUCUCAUACUCCUUCACGCAGGAUGGCUGGUACGAAGAGGCCUACUACCGCGCCAUCGCCAACCCUCAGAACCCAGCAUGUCCGUCCGGCAUCAUGCAAUGGCAACAUGGCAACUGGGUCAUGAACGCGAAUGGGAGCCUGACCCUCACGCCGAUUGAGGUAGACGGAAGGCAGUUGCUGAGUAGCCCUUGCGAAUACCAGACGGGCAUCUACACGAGGUACAAUGUGACGGAGCAGUUUCAGCGCUACAGCCAAUACAUAGACCCCUACCACAACAUCCCGCGCCUCGACCUCUUCCGCUUCGAUGGCUCGCCCAUGAACCCUAUGUACCUCGUCUACAAGCCUCCGCAAAUGCUACCAACCAGCACCUUGAACCCGACUUCCGCCACCGCAACCAACAAGGCGAAACGGACGCCCGCGGCAAACAUGGAGAUCCCGGUGGACUGGAAGAUCAAGUUGGCGGGAGAGCAAGCUCAUGGUGGCGAGAGCGUGGUGCACCGCAUCAAUGCCGAUAGGUUGUGGUGGAUUGGUCUCGGCAUGACGGGAGUGGGUGGACUGCUAUAUUUGGGCCCGCGGAGGAUGGGCAUACAGCUUUAGAAGGGUUGUGACAGGAUUUUGCGGCUGCGUUUGAGGGUGUAGGACUGUAUAUUCUAUGGUUCAUGAGCGCAUAUGGUAUAGCGUUGAUUGGGUACGGCGCUUGCGGGAAGUGGAACGACUGUGCUCAAUAGACUUUCAACGUCAUAAGAUUUGUCCGAGCUUGCUAUAGCGCUUGCUUUGGUUGACUCCACAGAGAGUAACCUCACCUCAUCCCCGUCAGACUGGAUGGCUGGAAAUAGCUAACAAGGCAAGGUAGGCGCUGU